GCGUGCUUCUUAAGUCCGUCCUGAGACAGAGUUACUUGAGCAGUCAUGAUGUCUGUUCUGAUGACUGGAGUGUGUGUCCUGCUGAGCCUGCUGACUGUUGGACAGGGCUCCCAGGUGGACAAGGGCUUCGUGUCGCGGGCCGGGGUGAUGUACAACAGCAGACCUUACUCCAGCAUGAUCACGGUGACAAACGGAGAGCAGUUUGGCAACUGGACCUGGCCCGAGAUGUGUCCCCCUGAUUACUUGGCUGUCGGAUUUAGUUUGAGGGUGGAGUCUAUGCAGUAUGGUCUGGAUGACACUGCUCUGAACGGCAUUCGCCUCAUCUGCAGUAAAGGAGAGAGCAGAAGCUUCCUGUACACCGUGGAGUCUCACACCGGAUACUACGGCGAGUGGACGGAGCCCCAGUACUGCCCCAAGGGCCACCUGAUCUCCUUCCAGCUGCGGGUGGAGCCCCACCAGGGCCUGUUCGGGGACGACACGGCCGCCAACAACAUCCGCUUCCGCUGCAGCAGCUUCCCGGUGCUGGAGGGGCAGGGCCAGAGUUGGGGCGAGUACGGCCACUGGAGCGCAGAGUGCACGGACGGCGGCGGCAUCUGCGGCAUCGAGACCAAGAUGGAGGAGCACCAGGGCGGCCUGGACGACUCCACCAUGAACGACGUCCGCUUCCACUGCUGCGCCAAUAAGAGCCCACAGUAGAGGAAGAGGACACAGAUCCUGCUGAGCAAGAAGCCUUCACAUUUUGCUGGCAGUCCCAUCAAAACCACAGGAUGUUGAGCGCAGACACAAUGGGAAAUGAAAAAUUCACAAAUAAAUUUAGCAUGUAACGUAUCCCUUCCCCCUUGAACG